AUGGGAAAAUCUAAAAAAAAGCAUUCGAAAAAAAGCAAAAAAGAAAAAACUGUAGAAAGUGGAGGCAUUAAGAAAUCAAAACAAGUAUUGGCAGAUUAUGAUCCUACUGGCCCAGUAAUGCUUUCAGGAUCAUUAUAUUCUUUUCGUGAUCUUAAACCUAUGCCGAUUCCUGAAAAAGACCUCCUUGGACGUUGUCGAUUUGUUGCCGAGUUUGAAAAAUUGAAUCGCAUAGGUGAAGGAACAUAUGGAGUUGUGUAUCGUGCAAAGGAUUCUAAAUCACCAGUUGAAAAAAUUGUUGCAUUGAAGAAAGUUCGUAUGGAAAAUGAAAAGGAAGGAUUACCAAUGAGUGCACUUCGUGAGAUAUCAUUAUUAUUGAAAUGUGAUCAUGAGAAUAUUGUUCGCCUACAAGAAGUUUUAGUGGGCAGAAGUUUAGACAGUAUAUUUCUGUCUAUGGAGUAUUGCGAACAUGAUUUGUCCAGCUUAUUAGAUAACAUGGCUACUGCAUUUACUGAGUCUCAAGUAAAAUGUAUAUUUUUACAGCUCCUGAAAGGACUAAAGUAUUUGCAUUCAAAUUUCAUUAUUCAUCGUGAUCUCAAGGUAUCUAAUUUAUUGAUUACAGACAAAGGAUGUGUAAAAAUAGCUGAUUUCGGAUUGGCUCGUUUUUUUGGUGUGCCACCAAAAAAAAUGACAGCCAAAGUGGUAACACUUUGGUACAGAGCUCCUGAAGUCUUAUUAGGAUCUCCUAAGUUAACAACAGCUAUUGAUAUGUGGGCAACAGGAUGUAUUUUUGCUGAGCUCUUGCUUCACAAGCCAUUAUUACCUGGUCGUACAGAGAUACAUCAACUUGAUUUGAUAUGUCAACUUCUUGGCACUCCCAACUCUUCAAUAUGGCCUGAAAUUGACACAUUACCAGCACUGAAAAAUUUUACAUUGAGACCACAACCGUACAAUAAUAUUAGACCAAAAUUUCCAUGGUUAUCUGACGCUGGGAUUCGUCUUUUGAACUUUUUAUUCAUGUAUGAACCGAGCAGAAGAGCAACAGCUGAAGAAUGUCUACAAAGCUCUUACUUUGUUGAACCACCAUUGCCGUGUGAUCCUAAAUUGAUGCCUACAUUCCCACAACAUCGUAAUUUAAAACUUAAAAAACCAUCAAAUCAACCAAAAGUUUGUCAAACUAUUCCGCCAGUUGUACCAUCCUUAACGGACUUACUAAGUUGGAAGUAG